AUGCCAAGACGUUGCGGUGAUGGAGGAUGUGCAUCAUGUCCUGUCCGAAUGCCCUACUCUUUUGCGGAGCAGGGAGCGCUUUUCGGGAGGAUAUCGGUUCGACGGAUUGGAGAAGCUCUCAGAGGUGUUCUAAAACAAUUUAAUAUUGAACAACAGCAACAAUCAUCAUCAAUGCUAUUAUCAAAUAAACAAAAUACAAUACAUGGGAUUAUCAAAGAUCAAAAUACCAAAAUAUCAAAUGGAAUUCAAAAGAACAAUACAACUUUAACAUUAUCGUCGUCAAAUCAAACAGGAAAAAUAGAAGGAACAACAUCAUCACCAGUAUGGCCUUUAAUAAUGAAUCAUAGUAAUAACAAUGAAUACAAUAAUUCUGAUCCAAUAUUAAUCGAUGACGAAUUAAGUUUUAGAUGUCACAUAUGUGAUAAAGUUUUCGGAUGUUCAAGCACAUUAGAGACUCAUAUUAAAACACACAAAUCACCACGUUAUGAAUGUAUGGAUUGUGGCAAAGGAUUUUCUCAAUUACGUAAUUACAAAUAUCAUUUAUCGGUGCAUCGUGGUACAAAAGAAUUUGCAGCUGAAUGUCCUGAAUGUGGAAAAAUAUUUAAUGAUAAAGGAUAUUUAAGUAGUCAUAUGAAAAUUCAUCGAAAUAAGAAAGAAUAUGAAUGUCCAUAUUGUCCAAAAUCAUUUAACCAAAGAGUUGCAUUUAAUAUGCAUGUAAGAAUUCAUACUGGUGUAAAACCACAUAAAUGUUCUGAAUGCGGUAAACGAUUUUCAAGGAAAAUGCUACUAAAACAACAUAUGAGAACACAUAGUGGUGAAAAACCAUAUACAUGUUCUGUAUGUGGUAAAUCGUUUGCUGAUCGUAGUAAUAUGACAUUGCAUCAUCGGUUACAUUCGGGUAUUAAACCAUUUACAUGUCCAAUAUGCCCAAAAGCUUUUACCAAAAAACAUCAUUUAAAAACCCAUUUAAAUUAUCAUACUGGUUGUAAACCAUAUGUAUGUCCACAUCAAAAUUGUAAUCAAGCAUUUACACAAUCAAGUAAUAUGAGAACUCAUGCAAAAAAAUGUCAAUUUAAACCAUUGGAUGGAAAUAUUGAUAAUUUAAAUAAUACUAGUAGAGUUAAUAAUGCAAAUAACAUGAUUAGAGUUCAUUCCGAAAUUAGUAAUAAUUUGCAAUUAAGUCAAGAAGUUAUUUUAGUUUAA